UCAGAAACAUGUUCCGCCCCUUUAUUGUCACAUGGUCAGUUAGGUUGAGCGGGUUGUAUGGUUGUAAAACAGCAGCUGAAGAAGAUAACACUGUACCAGAAAGUUUAUCUCCAAAAUGUUAUAGGUACUACGUAACUUAGAUAAAUUAGCAGUGUUAUUUACAAGGAACAGAUCAUUGGACUUUGACCGUGUUUAAGUCACUGGCGACUGUGUCUUUUCAUUUUCAAAAAACUUGCUGGUCUCCAAAGCAAAACUUCCACCUUUCAUAAUGACUGACUCUCAGCCAUCUGUGCUUCUCAACACUGGGACUCGGAUGCCUCUAUUGGGACUGGGCACUUUCCGUUUGCAGGGUCAAGAGGACACUUACAAUGCUGUGGAUGCAGCUUUGAGAGCUGGUUACCGUGCCUUUGACACUGCUGCAGUGUACCGCAAUGAGGCACAUGUAGGUCACGCCCUCCGUAGCCUGCUGCCCAAGCAUGGCCUCUCACGAGAAGAUGUUUUCGUUACAAGUAAACUGGGUCCCAAAGACCAGGGCUCCAAAGCCAGGGAUGGUUGCCUGAGGAGCCUGGAGCAGUUGGGAUUGGGCUACAUUGACCUAUAUCUUAUUCAUUGGCCAGGCACACAGGGGCUGCAAGUGGGGGAUAAACGAAACCCUGAAAACCGUGCUGAAAGCUGGGCGGUUUUGGAGGAGUUCUACUUAAAAGGAACAUUUCGGGCCAUUGGGGUGUCUAAUUACACAGUAGCACACAUGCAGGAGCUGCUGAAGAGCUGUAAAGUGCCCCCAGCAGUUCUUCAGGUAGAGUUCCACCCAAAGCUGGUCCAAAAGGACCUGAGGGCACUUUGUAAGGAAAGAGGGGUGUGUUUUCAGGCAUACUCAUCUCUUGGAACAGGGCUUCUGCUAUCAGACCACGUGGUUCUGGAUUUAGCUAAAGAGUACGGAAGGACACCAGCCCAAGUGUUGCUGAAGUGGGCUGUACAACAGAACGUUCCAGUACUGCCAAAAUCAUGUCAGCCAGACCGUGUGGAGGAGAAUGGGCGUCUGUUUGACUUUGAGAUUAGCGAGAAGGAUAUGGAAAGACUCUUUGCUCUUGAUAGUGGGGAGAAGUUCUGCUGGGAUCCAACACAAGUGUCUUAAAUUCACCCAAAAAUGAAAAUUCUGUCAUUAAUUACUCUCCCUCGUGUCAUUCCAAACCUGUAAGACCUUCGUUCAUCUUCAGAACACAAAUUAAGAUAUUUUUGAUGAAAUCCGAGAGCUUUCUGACCUCCCUAUAUACAACAUCAUAACUAAUUUCAAGGCCCAGAAAUGUAGUAAAGACAUUGUAAAAGUACUCUACGUGACUACAGUGGUUCAACCGUAAUAUCAUGAAGCUAUGAGAAUACUUUUUGUGUGCAAAAACAAAAGAAAAAUAACUUUAUUCAACAAUUUCUUCUUUCCUGUCAGUCGUCUAUGCUUUUCAUGUUGUAAACAGUACAGCGCUUCCGGGGUCCACGGUAGAACGCUGACUCAUUAUUGGGGGACGCUGUACAUGUGAGCAGCAUGACGCAUGCGUGUGCUGCUGACGCAGGAGCCAGCCAAUAAUCAGUCUGCAUUCUAAUGUAGAACCCGGAAGCGCUGCACUGUUUACGCGAACAGCGUAGGAGACUGACAGGGAAGAGAAGAUUUCAUCAAAAAUAUCUUAAUUUGUACUUUGAAGAUGGAUGGAGGUCUUAUGGGUGUGGAACAACAUGAGGGUGAGUAUUUAAUGACAGAAAUAUCAUUUUUGGGUGAACCCUUUAAUGAACGAAAUUUCAUUUUUGGGUAAACUAACCCUUUAACAAAGACAACUCAUUGACAAAAACCUCAAUGGAGUUUCAAUGACUAAAUAAAAUUCCAAGGUUGUUCAGAUGUACAAUUUUACAUCCCACAGUGUAACCUACAGGUCUCUUUAUUCCAUGUUUAAUUUGCUACUGCAUCUUUUGUUUGACAACUCAAAUUAUAAUUGUGAAAGAUGUUCUAAUGCAAACAAUAUAUUAAACCAGACUUGGAAACAAUUAAGGCAAGUUGCAAGAGACUAUUUAGUUUACAAACUCUGUAGUGCUGUGAGGAAUGUUUUUUUAAGCUGUAUGUCCAGAUUCAACAAUUUCUGGUGCACCUCAGAACAAAUGAGUAAAGCAUGACUAAUGCACAAGUAAACAAAGACAUUUUGAUACACGGUGCCAAAUACUAUUAACAUGAAGAACAGUACUUACAUUUUACACUUUAGUGCAAAGUAAGAGCAACCUGUGCUGAAAGUGGUUUAUUUGGGUUUUUUAUCAGGCUAUACAUGUUACAAACAUCAAAAAAACAUUGAAAUAAAAUGUUUUCAACUAUUUAAAAAAGUUA